AUGGCAGUCCUCCUUCUCGUCCUCUCGACAGGGGCGGCCUUUCUCAGCCAAACAGGCACAUCAUCAGCUUCAAUAACCACAACCAUCAUCACAAACCAACAACAGCAACAAACAAUCCCACAACCACAACAUCAAAUACCAGAAAAGGACACACCCCAAAACAUCUGCAAAACCCACGACCAACCCAACCCCCUAGUCUCCCUCUUCCCCAACAACGCCACAGGAGUGCUUAACGCGACACUGGCCAUAAUUCCCAUCCCGCUCGCUCUCGCUCGCCGCCUGGUUCCAUCGGGGUACUCCAUCCUUGAAUCAACCUAUCGAUCACUACUCGGUCCCGGUGGAUUUCCGGAGGGGAUGUACCCCGUUUUGUUGCAGGCGGCGCACGAUCAUGAUAUCCAGCUGAAGGCGUAUGGGAUUGUUUUGGAUGAUUUUUCUAGAGUUGGUUUCGAAUUCCCCUUUUUAGAUCUCUCCGGCGACGGUUACUCCUCCUACCGCUGGGCUCCGGCACAGCUAAUCAGCGCUGGGAAUGACAUUGCCAUUGACGGCUCGCGAGCUUACGGGACGCGGGUUUCGCCGGCGAGGUUCGAGCCUGAGUGUGAGGCGUAUCAGACGUUGGCGAAUGGGAAUACGUAUUUCAAGGGGACCGCGAUGACCGCAUCUGCGUCCGGAUCUGCCUUCGGUAUUAACUCCUCUGUUGUUGAGGACGACAAUGCCGGUUUGAGGAGAAAAGAUGAUGAAAGGUCGAUAGAGCUGGAGAUGACUCGUCUCAUUUUCUCCUCUAUCAGCCCUGGCAGUCCAUACCCAUACCCCUUGGACUUUUUCAAAAACAUCACCAACCAACCUACCUUUGCCAGCUCUGGUGGUGGCUGCGAUAACAUGAUCCGGCUCUUCGACACUUCCAUGUCUAAGGGGAAAUUUGCGCCGGUGUCGGUGAGAGGGAGGGUUAAAGCGGUUAAUGUGUUUCCGUUUGUUGAAGGCGGAGAGUUGGACUUGGAUUCGGAGUUGGACUUCGAUCCAUCAGAAGGCUCGCACUCGGACGACACCAAUGGCCGAGGAAGGCAACGGAAAUGGGAAUGGAUUGAUGUGUACGGGGUGCAAGUGGCCACGCCGUUUGUCGAGAACAACUACUUGGAUUGCGAGGCGAUGAGUGGUGCUUCAACAUAUCUCUAUGAGUACGGAGGGUUGCAAUACGUAUUGUGGCCUGGCGAACAACUCAAGAUCAUCUACUCCGAUGCGCGCGCCAAGACAGUAGGCGUGCUGGUUUCAAACGACCAAGAGAAGAGAUGGGAGCGGCAGGUCUCGUUCAAGUCUGAAACACACCGGUACGGCGAUUUCGACUGCCAUCCAGGUACACCAUGGGUUCUGGCCGUCGAAGAGGACCACACCUAUCCCAAGCCGGAAGACGUCAAAAACAAUGUGGCCCUUAUCCACAUUGAGACCGGCGAGGCCAGGCAUCUUCGGGGCAUCGGGCAGCACGACUUCGUCGCUUAUCCGCGGUUCAACCCUACUGAUAUGACACAGAUUUGCCAUAUCCAUUGGGACCAUCCUAACAUGCCGUUCUGGGAGCGAAGCUGA